CUUAAAUUUGUCCGUAAUCGAUUGAGAAUCUUCCAUUUUGGCAAAACUCGAGCACGAGCCGCAGAGAAAAUCGUCCUCUCGAAGACAACUUCAGUCAUGGCGGACUUGUGCUGAGGUCUGAUCUAACAUUCUGCGUGCCGAUCGUCAGCUGGCCCUAAAUGCAACAUAAGCGUCAUCAUUCAAUAACUGGUUUUCUAUUGCUUGAAUUAGAAUUUGGUAUCUGGUCCAGCAUUAUACUGGCUGGACUUAAGUAGUGGAGGAGUGCAUUUUAUUGGCUAAGAUUGGAUGGAUCUGACAUGGCUGAGUGCCAUUGUAGUUGGGGCCGGCUGCCUGGUUUUGGGAUACUAUAUUGGUUCAAAGUAUCCUCCUCGCAUAUUUUUCAAAGCCAAAUUAGCCAAAAGCAACGAAUCUAGUAGAAGUGGGAAGAAGGAUAAGCCUAAAGAGGCACUUGAGAUUGAAAGUUUGGCUGACAUUCUCGAUGACUUCAAGAUGGUUUUGGUUGUGAGAAAUGAUUUGAAAAUGGGCAAAGGAAAAAUUGCUGCCCAGUGCAGUCACGCAACUUUGGGUCUCUAUAAGAAGCUCCAUCAUCGUGCACCGAAAGCUUUGAAUAGGUGGGAGAUGUGUGCACAGCCCAAGGUGGUUCUGAAAAUAGAGAGUGAGGAAGACAUGCUAGUUUUGCAAGAGAGGGCAAAAUCAUUGAAGUUACCAACCCAUAUUACCAUUGAUGCUGGAAGAACUCAGAUUGCUCCAAAUUCAAGAACGGUGAUGGCAGUACUCGGUCCCGUUGAAGUGGUUGAUGAUGUAACUGGUGGGUUGAAACUCUUGUAGUUCCUGAACUCUCGCCUGUGAUCAGCCCAGACUUCUUCAAGACUUCAGUUUUGUAGCAGAAGGCUCUGCAAAAUCCAGCCAUGCUUGGACCAUCUACACUGUACGAAAUCGAUCUAUGCGAAGCUCGAACAAUCAUGGUACUGAAUACUUAUCACCAUUUCUGAUCUAUGCGAAGCUCGAACAAUCAUGGUACUGAAUACUUAUCACCAUUUCUGAUAAUGACGACAAUGACACUAAUAUGAAUUAACUUAUUUAUUAUAUAAUCGAGUCUGAUUAUAUAUAGCAGAACAGUUGGAAAGUUCUUGGAUUUCCUCGUUUUAGGACUACUCGGUUCAAACCCGCAUAAAGAUUUUAGUUUCACAGAUUGUUCUCAUCUAA